AAGGUCCAGCCUUCCAUCAAUGAUUGAAAGUAGUGUAAUCUGCCCAACAUUCAUAACCAGAAAUGAAGGCAAAGCAAGUUCGACCUUUUCCUUUUACAGUGCAAAGCAAAUUCAGUCUGUCAUGCUUGUGGUGCGGCCUCACCACGCCACCCAUUGACCGAGGCUGGAUUAGAGCAGGCAAUAACCUUUGGGAGUUCUUAUCUUCUGGAGGAGACUAGUGAGACUUGCAACUACCAAGACUUAAACACUGGCAACUAAAAGGGGAACUUUACUUCUUGAUUUCCAGUCACCAGGCCAUUAAGAGCCUUGCAAAUAGCCCUUGGGAGUUGGUAUAAGCUUACCAGGCCUGAUAUUACAUUGAUAAAUAGUGAAAAACUAU